AUGUCUGGAGUGUGGAAUUCAAUUAUAAUUACCUACCUGCAACAACAAGAUUUAGACAUGGACGAAGAUUUGGAAAGAGCGCUUGCUUUGAGUCUCCAAGAGUCCCGGGCCAACGCAUCAUCUUCAAGGGCCAUUUCAAUCAGUGAUUCCGAGGACGAUGACGACGAUCAUUUUCAGUCCGAGUUGCAGCAGGCAAUACAAGCCUCCAAAGCCGAAUCUUCGCGGGCAACGACACAAUCUGUCCAUAAUCCUGAUCCUCCGUCUCAAAGCGCUCGGAGUACCCCUGCGGCAAGCUUCUUGUCCGAACGAGCGCAGAUGGAAAGAGAACGCCUCGAAAGACUGAAGAGGGUGCGUGGGCAGGAUGCAGAUGAUGGAGGUCGUAUAUCACCCCCAAAGAGGCAACAUAUCUCCUCCUCUGGAAUACACGCUAAUGGUCGAGCGAACAUUGCUUCUGCUUCGUCAUCUAGUGUCCCUUCGGGCUCAUCAGAAAGCUCGCGAGCAGCCAGUACUGCUAUCAAUCCUAUACCGACCUCUGAACAACUGUUCUGGAAUGGCGAACUGCGCCCAACAGCCAACAAACAUUCUCAACCCCGUCAAGAUGGAAAGCCCACUUUCCGCCUCACAGAUGUACUGGGUUUGAAAUCUGAUAUAUCCUUUGCUAUCAUAGCGUCGUACUCGACGUCCGUCUCUUGGACAUAUGAAUUCUUUGCGCCCUCUACUCCAGUGAUUAUCGUGGCGCAGCCUGAUCAGUCAGGUCAACCGACCAUCAGGAAUAUUCUUCCAAACUGGGUUAUGACCGUUCCUUUUCUCCGCAAUGGACGAGGUUGCCAACAUAUGAAAUUCAUGCUUAUAUUCUACAAGACUGGACGACUUCGCGUAGUCAUAUCCACCGCCAACCUGAUUGAUUAUGAUUGGCGCGAUAUCGAGAAUGCCGUUUGGCUGCAAGAUCUACCUCCACGAUCUGCUCCGAUACCGCACGAUCCCAAGGUUGUCGACGACUUCCCAUCAAUCAUGCAAAACGUGCUGCGCGCUGUCAAUGUUCGACCUGCGCUUGCGAACAUGCUGGCAAACGAUCACCCAAACCUGCCUCUUCAGACCGUCGGCGACUUGCGAACGAAAUGGGAUUGGUCAAAAGUGAAGGUCAAGCUCGUUCCUUCCAUCGCUGGUAAACACGAAGGAUGGCCGAACGUCAUCUUGACCGGUCAUACCAGGCUGAUGAAGGCGGUCCGCGACAUGGGGCUUCGCACCGGAAAGGGAAAGGCUGCCAAGGACCUCGUUGUCGAGUGUCAGGGCUCGAGUAUAGGAACUUACUCAACCCAGUGGAUAAACGAGUUCCACUGGUCGGCACGUGGAGAAUCAGCUGAAGACUGGCUGGAUGAGCCAAAAACCAGACGCGCCAAGUUGCCGUGGCCGCCGGUGAAAGUUGUAUUCCCCAGCCUCAAGACCGUGCAUGAUAGCGUCCUUGGUGAACAGGGAGGUGGGACCAUGUUUUGCCGUACAAACCAGUGGGAAGGGUCAAAAUUUCCUCGAGAGCUAUUCCAUGACUCAAAUAGUGCUGGCGGACGAGUGUUGAUGCAUACCAAGAUGAUUAUAGCGACCUACCGCCCAAAGAAAUCGAUAUUUGAAAAUGGUAGCUCAUCAAAGGGAAAGGGAAAAGAGCUGUCUGACAGUGAAACCGAACCUGAAUCAGACGACAUCGAGAUACAAAACGACCCAAUUGGUUGGGCUUACGUUGGCUCGCACAAUUUCACUCCCUCAGCAUGGGGAACGUUGUCUGGCUCGGGGUUUAACCCAGUGCUCAACGUGGUCAACUAUGAGUUGGGAAUCAUUCUCCCUCUUUACGAUGCAAAGGAUGCGGAGAGGGUAUCAUGCUUCAAGCGUCCGGCGAGGAAGUAUGUCAAUGGACAGGAUAGACCUUGGAUACAGGAGGAGUCGCAGUUACUGCGGCAAGGCUAGCAGGCAUCAUGUUACGUACUUUGCCAACAUCAUUGUUACAGGAAGCCCUUGGUUGUUGUUGAAUACGACUCUAAACUUAGACCAAUCUCACACUCAGAACAAGGCAAUUUCCCUAGUACACGACUUGCGAAAGUGAGAGAUGAAUCGGGCAUCCAUGACUGCAUCAAGGUCACAUGGAUCUCCUGCAUCAUAACAACUGAGCUUCAAAAGCAUGUAUUAAAAUAACAACGAUACGAUACA